AUGUUAACUAGAUCUAGAAGUAAAAAUGAACCAUCAACAUUUGAGUUUCAUUUUAUUGUUAACUUUUUUUUUGAUUUUUCCCAGACUCUUGUAAGUAUUUUUUAUCAAAAAUUUUUACAUUGGGGAUUAUUUACUGAUUUUUAUAUUACAAAAAAAUGGCUAUAUCUUUGGUAUGCUCCUUUGUUAUAUUCAAAUAUUGCUUCAGCAAUUAUUGGAAAUGUAUUUUGUGUUAUAAAUAGAUACUUAGCACUUUGCCAUUGUAGUAUCUAUAUGAUAAAGUGGACAUUAAAAUGGAGUUAUUUUUUAGCUGCAUUUCAAUUUUUAUUUCCUUUAAUUAUGUUUUCAUUUAAUUUUUGGUUUCAAUGUACUUUAGUGUAUGCAGAACCAUUACAUGUUUAUAUAUUUAUGGUUACAAAUCCAUUAGUUAGUAUGAUUAAUAAUGUUUUUAUCUCAAUAUUAUCUGGAAUUGCUUGUUUUAUUACAAUAUCAAUGAAUUUAAUAAUAAUAUCUAAAUAUAAUAAAUUAAUGAGUAAUAUAACAAAAAAUGAAAAACGAAAAAGAAUAUCAAUGUUUUUUUAUGCUAUUUUAACAACAUCAUUUUUAGCUUUAUUAUCAAUACAACAAUUUGUAAGAGCCAUUUUUGUUUUUAAAAAUUUUAAAAUGGGUCUCUAUUAUAUUACUUAUUAUUUAUUUAUUAUUCUUUCUGUAUCAGGAAGUGCACAACCUUUUAUUUUACUUAUCUUAUCUAAAUCUGUCAGAUUAGAUUUUUUAAAAUUUUAUUUUGGAUUUAUUUUCAAAAGUAAAUAUUUUAGUAGAACUAUUGAAGGUACAAUACUUGUAACAAACAAAAUAAAAUCAACAUAUUAA